GGCCCGGGGCUGUCCCCAGACACACAGGGUGUGGCCUUGUUACCUCCUCCAGCAGCCGCCCUGCCCCAACCCUCCAACAGCUGCGGGAAACCGGGUGGCACCCAGCCCCCGCUCGUGGGCACGGACACGCGCGAGGGAGGGCCCUGGGUGCCCCGGGCCCCUCUCCAAGCCUCGCUCUCCAAGCCAGAGUGGGGAAACAGCUCCCCGGGGGCCGCCGCGCCUCCCUCCCCCUCCCCCGCAGCCGGGACCUGGGAAGGCGAGCUGGAGCGAGGAAAGGUUCGGGAAGACUCGGGAAGACUCGGGACGCCCCUCCCCAGCCCGGCCCGGAGGGGCGGCCUCUCCCCGCCCCCAGCCAGUUCCCUCCGGAGUCUGGGCCAAGUGGGCGCGCCCGCCCGCCCCAGCCGGGAGGGAUUCGGUGUCUGCUGCAGCUGGUAGUGCGCGGGCGCGGGCGCGGCGGUCGGCUGGGCCGGCUAUUAAUAACGCGCCCCCGGAGCCCGGGUCGCGCAGCCAUGGCCAGCCCGGAGUCCCGGAGUGCCGGGGACGGCGUAGCCCAGGCCUCGAGGGAAAUAAGAGCAGAAGCCAUUUCUCUUCAAGAGAAUUCUGAACCCCUGAAUGAGGCUGAGACCUUGAACCCAGAAGCUACUCUAUCUUUGGAAGGGACUGUGAACCUGGAAGACAUUCUCUACCUAGGGGACACAGGUGACUUCGAAGAGACACUUUACAUGGAGGAGCCUGAGAGUCCAGAGGCGAUACUGUAUAUUGAGGAGACUGGGCAGCCAGAGGCACUAUUGGUGGAAGAGCCUGUGAGUGCAAGGGAGAUGCAGUAUGAGGAGACUGAGAAGCCAAAUCUGGAACAGCCUGUGGAUCUAGCAAAGAGCCUGAGCCCAGAGCAAAUUGUCUGUGAGGGAGAGAUGACUGAAAGGGAGGAAAAAUCCAACCCUGAGGAGAACCUCAAACCUGAGCGGAGCCCCAGCCCAGAGGAGAACCUGAGCAUUGAGGAUCUGGAACUGCUAGAGGGCCGUUUCCAGCAGUGUGUGCAAGCAGUGGCCCAGCUGGAAGAGGAGCGGGAUCAGCUCAUCCAUGAGCUGGUGCUGCUCCGAGAACCAGCCCUGCAGGAGGUACAGCAAGUCCAUCAGGACAUCCUGGCUGCCUAUAAGCUGCACGCGCAGGCAGAACUGGAGAGAGAUGGGCUAAGGGAAGAGAUCAGGCUGGUCAAGCAGAAGCUAUUCAAGGUGACCAAGGAAUGUGUGGCCUACCAGUACCAGUUGGAGUGCCGUCAGCAGGACGUGGCUCAGUUCACUGAUUUCCGGGAAGUGCUGACCACAAAGGCAGCCCAGCUGUCUGGAGAACUGGCCCAACUCCAGGAUGCCUAUCAGAAGCAGAAGGAGCAGUUGAGGCAACAACUAGAAGAGCCUCCAAGCCAGAGGGAUGGGCACUUUCUCCAGGAGAGCCGGCAGCUGUCUGCCCAGUUUGAACAUCUUAUGGCAGAGAGCCGCCAGGGCCUGGAGGAGGAAUAUGAGCCUCAGCUACUGCGGCUCCUGGAGAGGAAAGAAUCGGGGACCAAAGCUCUGCAGAAAACCCAGGCUGAGAUCCAGGAGAUGAAGGAGGCUCUGAGACCCCUGCAAGCAGAGGCCCGGCAGCUCCACCUGCAAAAGAGGAACCUGGAGGACCAGAUCAUGCUUGUGAGGCAAAAACGAGAUGAAGAAGUACAGCAGUACAGGGAACAGGAGGAGGAAAUGGAGGAACGGAAGAGGAAGUUAAGAAGUGGGGUGCAACUCCAACAACAGAAGAACAAAGACAUGGAGCAGCUGAGGAUCAGUCUCGCACAAGAGCUCUCAAAAUAUAAGGCUAUGCUUCCCAAAAGCCUGGAACAGGCUGACGCUCCCACUUCUCAGGCAGGUGGAAUGGAGAAACAGUCUCAAGGGAUUGAACUCAGGACCUUGCAAUUGUGAGGCAGGCACGGUGCCAUUGAGCUAAGUCCUCUGCCGUUCAUAACUAUUUUAACUUAUUUUUUUGUAACUUUCUAGAAUUUUCACUUACUGUCUUAUCUCAAUAUAAUUAAUUAUACUUACCAUUUGGGAGACUAUUUUAACUUUAUAACUGGGGGCAAGGAUCUGCUAAACACGGUAUGUAGACAGUAAAAAGAAUGACUAAAGAAACGAAACUAAACAAUCUCAAGCAUUUUUUUGCUUUUGACAGGGUCUGGCUAUGUAGUUCAGGCUAGCCUCAAAUUUACUGUGUAUCUCGGGCUGGCUUUGAACUCACAGCGAUCCUCCUGCCUCAGCCUUCCAAGUGUUGGGAUCACAGGUGUGUGCCACCAUGCCUGGCACUCUCAAGCAUUUUAGUAACUGUGUGAAGUUAACCUGAGCACAGAAAAUUUUUAACUACCUCCUCUCAUCACCAUCACAUAGGCAAUGACUUGUUAUGUUCUGCAUAGGAAGCACUCAGUGUUGGGGAAAGUCAUCCCUGAUCAUAUGUAACUUACAGUGCAGCAUCUAUCUCAACAUAGCCUGCAGUAUUUAGAAACUGGAGGUUCCUUAUUACAUAAAAUUUUCUUCUGUAUUAUUUCAAGUUAGAGAAAGCAUAAACUUACUUUUUUUUUUUCCUAAAUCUUACAGGGGCUGUUUAGAACUGUAUGGGAGAAUCUGCAACACAGAAACAACCAAAAAUACUUCCUAGCAAAGAUUUAAUUACCAAGUACCCUUUUGGACAUGCCUUUUCCCAAACAGACAAGGAGUGCCAGAAACUGGGAAGCAAUUCACCCUGUGAAAAUUGCAAAUACUGGCUCAAGUGAUUCUAUCGUUGGCUGGAAAAACAAAAGCCAGCUCUUUGCUGGAUUCAACUUCAUAGGCCACUGGUACUGACCUGAAUGAGCUGAGGAAUGGAAAAAUGCCUUAUCUUCCAGCAAAUGCCUCAUCUUCCAGCAGCAACCCUCACAUGCACGCUGAGUAAAGGAUAAAUGUAUAGAUAUAUCUUGCAGUAUUAUGAAGAAUGUAUCUUGCCUUGUGUUGACCCAAACAAAAAACAUUUUGGGGGACAAAAAGCCAAUUUUCCUUAUAUGGGUUUACAAUUUGAAUUCUUUUGUGCCAUGAGUGUUAAGAUUUUAAAUGAAUCCACUUACAAAAUUUACUUUUUCUUAAGGGCUAUGCAGACUCAAUUUACUCUUAAAAUUUUUGUCAAGAUAAUUUUCACAGUACUCUACGACAAACCAGACUUUGAGAAAAGAAAGCAAUUCAGAUCUGAAUGUAAUGCUUUAAAAACCACUGUAUUCAGAUUUUCCCCAAAUGAUCUGAAGUGAAUUUUGGGUCAGAAUGAUCUACUCAAUCAAAAACAAAAACUGAGCGACUGGAAAGAAGCAAUCACUUUAUCUGGUUAUGGCACGCACGCAGGCUUUCAGAGCCUAUUGUUUUGAUCCUCUAAGUACAGGCCCCAGUGAAAAACACUGGGGAGAGUUGACCUCUCUGUGAGAAAAGGUUCAAGAACUUUUUCCACAUUUAAAUUUUGCCUUAAAUUCUACCAUACUGCCUCUGACAUUUGAAAGCCUGUAUAGUUCUCUAGGAACUGAUUUUUUAAAAACGCCAUUUUAUCACAGACCAGUUUGUGCACCCCUGGCUAUUUUAUGUCUUGAAGUUUCCCUGAAAGGGAGUAAAGCUCUUUUCUAUAGGUCUGGGUCUGUUUAACUGUAUUUUUUUUUUGUUGGUACCGAGGAUCAAACUCAGGACCUUGCGGUUGCAAGGCAGACACAGUACCACUGAGCUAAAUCUCCAGCCCUGUUUAACUCUAUUCUUGAUAGCCAUAGGUCAGAGAAAAUAACUCAUCUGAACAACUGUUCUAAAAGCAAUAGAUGUGUAUUUGAUGGUGUUAUAUUCUAAAUAAAACUCAUCAGCAUGGGGUUAUGUAGAAAAGCAAUUUAUUCCAUUAUAAGCACUUACAUAGUUAAGUCAUGGAGAGUAACAGGCCUGCUGGUGAAACAGGUCACCUAAAAUGGAGAUGGUAUUAAACUAGUGGUCAAGGACUAACUUCUUAAAAAAAAAAAAGCAAAAAGCAACUCUUAUCAGGGAUUAAUUUAAUUUUAAAAA